GUUGACUUUUCAGUGCUUUGUUCAGUGACAGUUCGCGAAUAAGUAACUUGCUUGUUUUUAUUACGAGUACUAUUUUUUUGGUACCUACGACACGUUUAGCCUAUAAAAUGAUGUAUUCGAAAACGAUUUUAAUCGCGUUGGCGUUCGGUCUCGUGGCCGGAGAUCGUCUGGACAACGUUCGACAGGUUCCAUCAGCUGCCAUAUAUUCUGGAGGACACGCUUCCAUAUUAUCUCUACCAUACCAAAGCUCAGCCGAAUCGUAUAAAAGCUCUUACAAGGGUCCAGCUGGCAGUUACACGACUGGUGCUCCUUUAUUACAUAAAGCUCAUUAUACGCCGAGCUCUUACGCUUCUUCGAAUCCAACGAAUCCGCAUCACGAUGUUGUGCCCAUAGUCAAACAAGCCAGUGAACCAAAUAACGGUGAUGGAUCGUAUAGCUAUAGCUUCGAAACAGCUAAUGGAAUCUCUCAAUCGGAAUACGGUGUGUAUAAGCCAGGCCCAACACCAGAGGAAGGUAUUCAAAGCUCUUCAGGAUCUUACUCUUACACCGGACCAGAUAAUGUUGUUUACACGAUUACUUACACCGCCGGACUCGAAGGAUUCGUACCACAAGGUGCCCAUAUCCCAACUCCACCUCCAAUUCCAGAAGCUAUCCAGAAAGUUUUACAAUACGGAGGAGAAAAUAAAUACGAAGCUCCAUCCAGGUACACUUCGGCUCUACCUACUCCUUAUUCUGGUUAUAAUUCCGCUUAUAAUAAACCAGUCGCUGCUGCAACCUAUGACAGCGGUGAAUACAAAGUACAAGAAGAAAAUUACAGAAGGAAAUAGUGAAAUAGUUAGUUGACGCAUUUAUUUAAUUCUUAUUUACACGAUAAGCUUUAUUUAUUGAAAACUUGUUUUAUGUAAUAAAAUUUUUAAAGCAA